AAAAGAGUGCGUAAGAGAGAGAUGGAGAGACCUGAAGAGAGAGAGAUAGAGAGACACCAAUGGCGACCAGACGUAUACAGCUGGAUUGCAGAAGGAUUAUUUCAUGAGAAUCAUCAUGGUACAAUUCUGCUAAUCCUUUUUAUCGACAUUUAUAUUUCAUCUUAAUCGUCUGUUAAUGUUGUGGAGGGAUCUGAAGACAGAGAUAGAGAGACACCAAUUGCGACCAGGCGAUCAUAUAAACAGGUGGAGAGCAGGAGGAAUAUUUCCUAAGAAACAUCAUGGUAUCUACAUGGGUGAUGACCGAGUGGUGCACUUCACUAGAAGAAAGGAACGUUCCUGCCCAGCUUGUGAGAUGCUAGAGCAUGGUGAUCGUGACAGGGGAGUCAUCGUAUCUUGUCUCGAUUGUUUCAUAGACUCGGGAUUGCUGGGCCGUCGUGAAUACGGCGUUAGCACGGAGGGCAUCGCAGAAUCCGAUCCGGUAGAGUUGGUGCUGGAGAGGGCUGAUCAGUCUCUGCUUGCAAAUUAUAAUAAUGAAUUCGGGGAAUAUGAUGCAUUGAUUAGGAACAGUAGUGAAAAAUUUGCAUUCUUCUGCAAAACUGAAGGAUACUCAGGACCAUGGUAUGAUUAUUUACGACAACGAGGCGAGUUGCAACCAGGCGAUCAUAUACGCAGUUGGAGAAAUCGGCAUGGUAUCUACACGGGUAAACACCUCGGUGUGCACCGAGUGGUGUACUUCACUGGCGCUCGAGAAAGGGAAGCCUGCUCAUCUUGUCGUAGCUCAACUGCGUAUAGUAUUCGUAACAGUGGAGUCAUCGUAUCUUGUCUCAAAUGUUUCCUUCACUCGGGACCGGGCACCUAUUUUUACAAUUCAUUGCAAUUUUAUAGACGCCAUGUGAACAAUGCAGCACAUGAAUCCAGUCCCGCGGUGGUGGAGAGGGCUUUUAGUAAGCUUUUUGAGAAUGGAUUCGGUGAAUAUGAUGAAAUUACUAAUAACGAUGAACAUUUUGUAAUCUACUGCGAAACUGGGCAUCCGCCUCCACGACCGUAAUAACCG